AGAGUAGAAGGCCAACACUGAAUAUAUAUAUAUAUAUAUAUAAGAAGGAGAAAGAGGGGCUUUAGUAUUGGAGGAAGUAGUAGGAAAUUACUUGGAAGUGAGUUCCUCUACUUUUUCUUUUCUUUAAAAUUUAAUUUAUAUAUAAAUUUGUUUCUGAUUUUGGAGAUCUCUGAAUAUACUUCCGAGGAGGAGGAUUUAGUUCCACGGAAAUCCAAGACUUUCGGGGUGGAUUCCGUGUUUUUUUAAUGGUUAGAUCGGUGAUGGAAGUGGUGGAAGUGGUCGAGUGUUUCUUGGGCUAGAACGAGAAAAACUCUCUAGAGAGUUUCUCACUUCCUAGAUCACGAGCUUUCCGGGAGUUUGACCCUUCUUUUUCUCUUUUUCCUUUUCCUUUUCCGAUUUGUUAGCCUUUUCCCGGAAGUCCACUUCCUCUUUCUUGCUUCUUCUUCUUCUCCGUUGGCAAAUGGGUGUCAAGGUUGUUCAAGCUGCGUGCUUGCAGUCCUUUAUUAUCCCUCGGCCGGUGUCGUCACCGCGAGCGCUCUCUGGCUCCUGCGCUCUCGCUUACCAUCUCAUGCUCCGGCCGGACCACUACGGCGCCGGAGCCUUGUGUAGUCGCCGGAGAAGGAGGAGAAAGGAGCAUGGUCUCCGGAGAGCUUUCAGCGCGAGCUUGGACACUGCCAUGCCGGAUGACGAUGAUGAUGAUGAUGAUGAGGAGGAGGUCUUCAUCCGAAGACUCCAAGAACUCACUCCAGAGAUCAAGCUCAUUGACAAUGGAAAUGAACAAGAGGACGAGGUUUCUCAGUGGCUAGGCAUUCAGCCGGAGCCACCCGACUGGCCGGAGCGUGACCAGAUAGUCCCAGCGAGCGUAGAACGGAAUGCGAACAGUGUGGGGAUUCCACUCUCACUGCGAAUCAUAAAGGGAAAGAAGUGGGAGGAGGAGUUCAUGGACGCCAGCGAAUCAGCGUGUUCUUCGGUGAAGAAGGCCUUCUCGUCAAUGGUGUUCAUCGUUCACGAGCUCCAGAGCUACGCGCUCCAGAUGCGGCAGCUCCUCUCUUACCAAGACCUGGAACGGAUCCUGGAUCGUGUUCGGGGAGAGAUGCACGCCUCCUUCGUCUGGCUCUUCCAGAAAGUCUUCUCUUGUACCCCAACUCUCAUGCUCUCCCUAAUGAUCCUCCUCGCAAACUACAGUGUUUACUCCAUGGGACACAACCCGGCCAUCGCCGCUACUCCUCCUCAAACCUGCACUUCUUCCACUCUCUCGGCCAGCCAUCACCAUUUACAGCAGCAGCAGCAGCAGCAGCAGAAGCAAAGACCUGGUUUUGAAUCAUCGUCUACGAUCAAAAUAACAACUUUUUCUGCCGGGAAGACAGCCUCAGUCGGCGGCGGCGGUGGAGGUGGAGGAAAAGUCAGACCAGUGGCUGGCGCCACUGAUGAUGGCCGACCGGAUGGUAUCCCAUCGUCUUCCUCAAUCUACAACCCAAGGAGUUCCACUCCAGCUUCAACUCCAGAGCAAUUGGUUGUAGAGGAGGAGGUGGAGGUGGAGGAUGAGCAGGUAGUGUGGAACAGAGUGGUUGAAGAGGCAUCAAGAAUGCAAGCGAGUUUGAGAGAUGAGGCACUCAUGGACUCUGAUUUAUUGCAAAGCUUGGUCUCUCCUGUGACUGUUGAGCUUGAGCCAGACGACCAUUCGAGCCAUUUCCAGGCCGAGCUUAUGUACCAGAAAGCUCUUUCUCAUGACCCUGAGAACACUCUUCUCCUCUGCAACUUUGCUCAAUUCCUCUACUUUGUUCUCCAAGACCAUGAUAGAGCUGAGUAUUACUUCAAACGAGCAGUUAAAGUCCAACCAGCAGAUGCAGAGGCGUUGGAUAAAUACGCAAGUUUCUUGUGGUUGGUGCGCAAGGAUUUAACUGCUGCUGAAGAGACUUAUUUGGAAGCCAUUGCUGCUGAUCCUGGGAAUGCAUUAUAUGCAUCUCAUUACGCUCAUUUUUUAUGGAACACUGGUGGUGAAGACACUUGCUAUCCACUUGAUGAUUCUUGAGCUUCAAAUUUUCCCCUUCUUUUUUUAUUUUACUGGUUUUCUUUUUUUGUUGGUAAUGGUUUUGUUCUGCUUUGAAUUACUGAGAUGUAAUCUCGAGCGAAUUGGCCGGGGAUUCCAGUAACAACAACCUCAUGAAAACAAACUCUUUGUAAGUAAAAAGCUUGAAAUAAUAGGAAAGUUCACCCUCUUCCUUUCCCUUUUUUUCCUUUUUUUUCAAGUUUUGUUCUGUUCUCUUUGUAUAUAUGAUUAUAAUGUUGCUCUGAAACUUGCAAGGGGUUCCUCCCCCCUGUUCAAGAAAUGUACUUCUGGAAUCCUUCUGGUCCUUUUUUUUUUUUUAAAUUUAUGAAUAUAGAGGUUGAGUUUAAA